AGGAUGGCUGCUACCUCCCAGUUUGCCAGUCGAUACAAGAAGAAUUUGAGCACAGAAGCCCUCAGGACCAAGGUUGCCCGCAGGAAAUCCAUCCUUCAGAAGGAGAACAGGCACAAACUCUUCGAAAAGGGCCGGCAGCUCGGGCUGGCAGAUAUCAAUGUUCAGCUCUCCAAGGAGAGGGAAAUUUCUGAGCUCAAGGAAACCAGGGAAUUGUGCUCUCAAGAGAACAGCAGUGUGAAACAGAAACAAGCCCCAAAUGCAGCCACCAAGAGGAUGGAGGAGCGCAGGGAGAUGCUGCAGCGCUACAAGGAGGAAAAGGAGCUUCGCAAACUGCAGGAGCAGAGGGAGAAAGCCAAGAAAGGGGUGUUCAAGGUUGGGCUGUACAGACCAGCUGCACCUGGCUUUCUUGCUCUUGCUGCUGAGGAACCAGCAAAGCCAAGAGAGAAGGCAGCUCCUGCUUUCUCUGGAAGGAUUACUCGAUCAAAAGCCAAGAUCCAAGAAGGAAAAUCUAUGAUCCCAACUCUGAUACCAAGUGCAUCUAAGUCCUCUACGGUCAGUGCCCAUGGGCAGAGAGGGUGCUCUACACAGGCAGGAUGUAAACAGAUGAGUACAGUCAAAGUGGCUGAAAAAGAGAAAGUGUUGCAGACUGCAGCCCAACCAGCCCCAAGUGUGAGAGUCACCAGAGCAGCUGCCUCUGCAGCCAGGCAGGUGCUGAAACCAACUGCUGCUACUGCUGGUAACCAGUCACAGAGAAAGACAGCAAACGUAGGAAAGCAGAAGAAAGCUGUCAAACCUGAUCCCAUAAAGGUUACUUCUUCUAAGCAUGAAGUGGAGACAAAUCCUGGAGUGGAUCCAGGGGUGAAAAGUUCUGAAGUCACUGAUUCCAAACACUCAGUGCCAGUAGAACUUCAGCCAGAACAAACCUCAGUGGAAAAAAACAACUUUUCUCCAAGAAGACCCAGAACACGCUCCUUUGCACCUCAAAACUUUGUGUUUCAGCCUCUGAGUGGAUUGGCAACCUACAUUGCAACACCCAUGUCUCCUUCAAGGGCAAAUGCUUUUCUGACACCCAGUGCUGUCUGGAAUUUUUCAAAAUCUCCAGUCAAAAUAUUUGAGAAAUCCACUGAAGCUAAAGCACAAAAACCUAAUUUAGAAAGUCAGACUUCACCUUCUGUUGAAGGCACUCAGGAACAGCAAAUGACCACAAGCUUGAAAGGAGGAGCAGGUGAAUCAGGUGAGAGAACUUCCACUCAGAGAUCAAACGAAACUCCUGUCUCAACAGCACUUGCAGUGAAGUCAGAUGAUACAAGAGAGCAAGAGCAUGAUGUGCCCUAUUUCAGAAAUGUUCUUCGGACAGAGACAGAAAGGCUGCUGUCCCAGUGCCUGCAGUGGGAAGGAAAACUUGAGCUGGACAUUCCAGAGGAUGCUAAAGACCAGAUUCGUACCACAGUGGGGCAGACAAGGCUGCUCAUAGGAGAAAGGUUCAAACAGUUUGAAGGACUGGUUGAUAAUUGUGAAUUUAAACGAGGUGAAAAAGAAACAACAUGUACAGACCUGGAUGGAUUUUGGGAUAUGGUUAAUUUUCAGAUUGAAGAUGUGAGUAAAAAAUUUGAUGAUCUGAAGAAGCUUCAAGACAAUGAGUGGCAACCUCUUGAUGUCCCAAGCAAAGCAGUUGUCAAGAAAAAGGCAGUUCCAAGUGGAGUGGCCAAACCCAAGCUGGAAGCAGCUGCCAGAACUGCUGCCCAGAACCGCCUGGCUUCUGUGAAAGCAGCCAUGAGGCACAAAAUGAAACAGGGGGAAAGUGCACAUCAGGACAGGCUGCCAGAGCCUGAGAAAGUGGUUUUUGAAGCAGGAUUUUUCAGGAUUGAAAGCCCUGUGAAAAACUUUUCAGGUUUUCUUCCAAGGACCCCUGCAAAACUGGCAAAUCCCAGAUCAUCUGUUAGAGCUUUGCCCUUGAAUGUUCCUUCUCCUCUCUGUGACCCUGAGGAGGCACCUGCAAAACAAACCCCAUCAGGCCUCAAAGGCUCCCACCCAGCACAAAGUUUGAAAAUGGACCAACUUCCCACUGAAACAGCUCCCCCACUGGAUAAACUCCCUGAUGGUCUUGAACAAAGCACUUCUGUGGUUGCAGAAGAAAUGUGUCUGGCUGCUGGCACAGCAGAGGAAAAUAAGGUUCUGGAAAAUUCUAGCAGUGAAUCAAAAGCAAUGGAUGGCAUGGAAGAGAUGGAACUGUCUGCUGCAGAACAAGAGCAGGACAUUGUCAUGUGCAGCCCAGAGAAGGAGACAAACUUUGCCCAGUCUGGAGAGCCACAAAUGCAUCAGACAGAUGUUUCAUGCAGUGAUUUGACACUCAUUGACAGAAAUCCUUUUGAUAUGCCAAUGCUGAAUGCUGAGCUUCCCUUCACUCCUGUCAAGACCAAAGCCCAGAAGUUUGCAGCAGCUGAAGUGUUCAGUGACCUCAUUGUGUUUUCUCCUGUUGGCCCCUCUGGGGAUCAAUGAAAAGUGACUUUAAAUGCAAAAUAUGUAAAUUCUGUGAACAGGGAGCCCACAGAGGGUAUCGGAACACAGUCUGCUACCCUGGAACUGGUAAUGGAUCUGCUAAUGGGGUUUGGAUCAUUUUAUGGUGCAGUUGUGAUGCACCAAGCUCUGCUGUACAGCAGUAGUGGGCUGUGUUUUGCUGUAUCCUCUGGCUGUAAAUUCUGACUGCACCCUGAAGCAUUUUUAUGGUAUCAUUUCAUGCAUUUCCUGUCUCCUCCAGGUUGUAAAGCUGUUGACCUUUAAACUUUUCUACCCUAACUAAUGACUUAUUGUUGUUACAAGGUGCCCACCCCACCAGCUGUGCCUGUACCCUGUUUUUGCAGGGAGGGGACUCUGUGGGGUGAGAGCCAGCCUGUUCCCUCCCCAGAGCACUCUGCCAUGCUCUGGGACACCUCUGCACCCUCAGUGUCUGGUGUAUUAACAGUGUUGGAUGCAUGCAAUUCUUUCCUGGGAAAGUUUUCCUGGUAUUUAACAAUACCAGAAACUAACUCAGAACAAGGAUUUCUGAGUCAGAUAAUACCUUUUCUUCAUGAUAUACUGAAAUAUUAUUUCCUUUAAGGAUAUUGAUAUUAUUUCCUUUAAGGAUGCAGUUUUCUGUUGAGUAUCUUAAGGAUCCAUGUUUUCUACUUGUUUUUGAUAUGUUUAUGCUCAGUCUCUUCUCUCAUCUCAUUCCUUGUGCAUUCCCCACCCAGGCUGUAACAUAUUUGUGCAUAAGGAACAUGCCAGUUCUAUAGACUCUGGAUUUGAGGAGCAGCAUUACAGUACCACCAGUUAUUACAUUUUUAACAAAUACUUUACUUAGGCUUCUUCUUGUACUGGUGACCUGAGUGUAACACACACAUCCUUCCACCAGCCUUGAUCCCAACCCAAGCAAAGAUUUCAGUCCCUCAGCAGAAAGUGUUGCUGCCACUACCAGGGGAGCUUGUCUGGCUUAAGUUUUAACCUGGAAGCUGUGUACUGAUUACACUGAUUAAAGAGAGGAAGCUGAGUGUGCUGGAAUCCAUUUUCUUCAUUACUAACUCCAGGUAUCUUUUAGUGACUUUCCUGCUGAGGAAUGGUUGGGGUUGGGAGGGAGCUCAAAGCCCAUCCAGUUCCAGCCUCUGCCAUGGGCAGGGACACCUUCCAGAGGCCAGGUUGCUCCCAAGCCCCAUUCAACCUGGUCUGGAACACUUCCAGGGAUGGGGCAGCUUUUCCAUGCUGGUGGUUGCAGUGUGCUGCUCUAGAUUGCUGCAUCUGCUGGAAAUUUUAAGGACUCUGCUUGUAACUUGGCACUGAAAGUAUAAAGGAGUCA